AUGUCACGUGGAAGCUUUCAAAGAGAAGAUUCACUAGCAAAGGGGCGAAGCGAAAAGUCUUCUCUACUUCUUUUUCUUUCUUGUUAUACCCGUCCGUUCGUGCCAAGGGGCGAUAGCGGUCCAAUAGCUGCGCUUACAGGGGUCUCAGUUUCCCACCUCCUUUUUGCUGAUGAUCUUUCCCAAUCCGGACAUCCACUCAGUCCAAAACCGUACUCUGGCCUUUCAAGAUUUUCACACAUACUCCGGCCUUCCGGUUAUGGUGACUGGGAUCGCAGGUCAAUACAUACAGUUAUCUGGGAGACCAUCUGUAAACCGAAAAGGAGGGUUGAUUUGGCAUCCCAGGCCUUAGGAGAUGGAAUGAAGCCUGCCUUCUCAAGCAGGUUUGGCUGCUGGCCUCCAACCCCAGUUUCAUAUGGACCGACUGGAUCAAAACUAGAUAUAUCAAAUAAAAAUGGAUAUGGGACUCUUCCCCUCCAACUGGCUUCCUGUGUGGAAUAA